CAGAAGCGCUGCAGGAUGCAAGAUUACCACAAAAACAAUAACAAAAUAGACACUAAAAUUUAUAGCUCGCGCCUGUUGUGCUGCUGGCCUCCUGUUAACAUCGCCUUUCUCCCGCGAGUGGCGCUCUUGUCGUUCACUCCGUUCCGCAAGGCUUGUCUUGCUACCUCCCUGUCUGACUCAGCCAGUCAACCAGUCGCUGCACGCCUUUGUCUCCGGCUGGGUGUCGCACUCGCGUGUCCGCUUAUGUGCUGGAUCAGUUCCAGAUUGAUCUAUAAUUGCACGGACUACUUCGACCUGGUGCUGCGGUGCCUGCUGCCGACGCUGCAAAUGGCCGGCGCCGGCGAUCGCCACUCCUACCAACACAACGAUACCAGCAGCGACACGGAGGACUACAACGAUGAGCGACGACGAAGAGUUUUUAAGAACCGCAUGAGUUAUGGUUCGUGUUCCAAGCCGAAACCGUGCCUUGUACUUCGGUCAUCAUUGUCGGAAUCUCGAUGUCAUAAUCUAACUGCACACAAUUCUCCUCGUAAUAGAUCGCGUCACCUGUUCACCGUCGGACUGCCAAAAAACAACCCAGCAAUGAACAUUGCCUCCAGUGAUGAUAGAGUUACACUGGUUGUUGAUAACACAAGAUUUGUUGUUGAUCCAGCCAUCUUCACAGCACAUCCGAACACAAUGCUGGGUCGAAUGUUCAGCAGUGGUUUAGACAUCACACACACGAACGAUCGUGGUGAAUACGAAUUAGCCGAAGGGAUUUCCGCCACUGUAUUCCGUUCGAUUUUGGAGUAUUUUAAGGGCGGCGUGAUUCGCUGCCCGCCAACAGUCUCUGUGCAGGAGUUGCGCGAGGCCUGUGAUUAUUUACUUGUGCCUUUUGAUGCCGGCACAAUUCGUUGUCAAAAUUUACGUGGUUUGCUUCAUGAAUUGUCAAAUGAAGGCGCGCGUUGCCAAUUCGAAGUGUUUCUGGAAGAGUUAAUCCUCCCGCUGAUGGUAAAUUCAGCAGAGCGCGGUGAUCGCGAGUGUCACAUUGUGGUACUCUUAGAAGACGAUACUGUUGAUUGGGACGAAGAAUAUCCGCCGCAGAUGGGCGAAGAGUACUCGCAGACAGUCAACAGUACAGCUAUGUAUCGUUUCUUCAAGUACAUCGAAAACCGCGACGUUGCCAAACAAGUCCUAAAAGACAGAGGACUCAAAAAGAUACGUCUCGGAAUAGAAGGUUACCCAACGUACAAGGAAAAAGUCCGUAAACGACCCGGCGGGCGCGCCGAAGUGAUUUACAACUACGUGCAGCGACCGUUCAUCCACAUGUCAUGGGAAAAGGAGGAGGCAAAAAGCCGCCACGUUGAUUUCCAGUGUGUGAAGUCGAAGAGUGUAACAAAUCUCGCCGAGGCGACCGCCGAUCCCGCGAUGGAGCAAGAUUCGCGUGGAAAUCCGAUCAAUCCACCAACGGAAUCCCUGCGCCACUUGUCGUUGGAGAUGCCCAAUAUGGCAGAUAACGAGGAAGGUGCCGUAGGUGGCGGCGAGCUGGAGCCGGGCGGCGUUGACGACGCACUGAACAAUUCUUAACUAAGCUGCGCAUUACGACACACACAACAAGAGUAUUCUAAGUAUAUAAUAAUCGAAUCCGGAAUUAAAUCCAAUUUUUAAAUGUCUAUUUACACCCGCCAAAAACACACACACACAAACGAUGAGAGUUGUACAUAUAGUUAGGUCAGUUAUAAGUUGGCACAAGAGUGAGGUUCAAAACCCAACGUGGUCGCUGUUGUGCUUUUGUUCUCUGUUUUGUUGUUGUACAGAAUGAGAUUGUGUUCGAUUGCGCUUGCACAAAAUGCCUUAAAGCGAAACAAGUCGAAGAACAUCAGCCACAAGGCGUAAUCUUAGUUUUUAUCGUUUUUAGUCAUUUGUGUACAUAAACUUCGUUAACGAUUUUUUGGUUGAACAUUCCCAAAAAUCCUCACACAAGUUUUGUUUUUUUGUAUGUUCGUAAAUAUCGUCGUUUGUGACCUUUGAGACUGAAAUUUACCAAGUUAAGAGAUGUUUAGUUUGCUCAGAAAAGACAAAAAUUCAACUGGAUGAUGCAAAUAGGUUCAUUUAAGUAUUUAUAGCCGAUUCAUUUGGUUGCUAGCAAGUUGAGACAAUGAAUGAUAAAAGAUGUUCUAAAUUGAGUCAACUAAAACCAGUAUCUAUGCCACAUUAAGAGUCUGAAUAUAAUCCAUGUUAUUACUCUUUGAUUGGAACAUUUAUAACAGAUAGGCAUUAGUGUUUUAUACCUAUUGAUAAUCAAAUAUAUAAUUAACCAUACACUUAAAUAA